GUUUCUUCAUAAAAAAGCACCUUUUAUAAUUUAUUUUAAUUUAUUUUUUUCAGAACAAUGGGGCACAACAAUUGGCGUCUGAAGCAACGGUAUACAUAAUGCUGGAAGAUGUUAACGAUGAAAUUCCUCUAUUUACUGAACGUGAACAGGAAACGGUAUUAGAAGGUGAACCAAUUGGCACAAAAGUAACACAAGUGAAUGCUAUCGAUAAAGAUGGCACUUUUCCAAAUAAUCAGGUUUACUACUACAUUGUCGAUUCACCGCGUAACGAGGGCAAAGAAUUCUUCGAAAUCAAUUUGCAAAGUGGUGAAAUCUUUACAAAAACCGUAUUUGAUAGAGAGAAGAAAGGCGCCUAUGCAUUGGAAGUAGAAGCAAGAGAUGGAGCACCAUCAGCCAGACCCAACAGCAAUGGACAACCCAAUUCAGGUUAG